GAGCAGUUGACGCACUCUCCCCCAGCCUGCUGCUACCUCUCGGUCAUUCUCACUCCGCCACAAACGCUACUCACCCUCGGUAGAGACAACGGCUGUAAACCAAAGGGGUCAGCAGGGGUCAUGAGGGUGUCGGAGGCCCCUGUUCAGAGCAGCUGAAGCAGACAUGGGCAAAGAAGUCUCAGAUGGCAUCCGUAGGCUCGGCCUCAUCGACUUCACUGGCAGCAUCCUCCUUCGCCACAACCACCACUGGCUACGCAACAAGUUGUCUGUAUUUGCCAGCAUCUCCCAGUAAGACUUUGCAAUGAGAAUGUCCGAUUCCGUCGACACUGAAACGAUGAAGGUUCCCGAGGCCGCCGACACGGUACCGUCUCCGAAUGACAACGCCACCAAGUCUGAGGUUUCCGACCAGAGCCAGAGCCAGAGCAGCAGGGACGAACACAGCAGCAACAAUAAGAGGGACGUACAGGAUGGAUUCCUUCUGCAGCCCUUCGAAAAGGAAGAACGAGCGGCACAGGACCAGGCUGAGAAAGAGGACAGCUCCGACAAGGUGGACAAACCCGAGAAAACGCAGAGAAAAAUGCUUUCCAGAGAUUCCAGUCAAGACUACACAGACUCAACUGGCAUAGAUCUCCAUGAAUUCCUGGUCAACACACUGAAGGGCAACCCCAGGGAUCGAAUCAUGCUACUGAAGUUGGAACAGGACAUCUUGGACUUCAUCAGCAAUAACGAAAGCCAAAAGAGGAAGUUCCCACCCAUGACGUCCUACCACAGGAUGCUGUUACACCGAGUAGCAGCCUAUUUUGGUAUGGACCACAAUGUGGACCCCAGUGGAAAGUCAGUGGUGAUCAACAAAACCACCAACACUAGAAUACCCGAUCAGAAAUUCUCAGAGCACAUCAAGGAUGACAGGGCGGACGAUUUUCAGAAACGCUACAUUCUCAAACGAGACAACUCCAGCUUUGAUCGUGAAGACAGCACGAUUCGAAUGCGUUUGAAAGCUGACAGGAGGAGCAAAUCGAUGGAGGAGAGGGAGGAGGAGUACCAGCGCGCCAGAGAAAGGAUAUUUGCACAUGAUGGAGAACACUUCAUACUAGAUAGAAGCACUCAGGAUGAAGACGCAUGCAUGAGCACCCAACAGAGGCGGCAAAUGUUCAGGUUGCGGGCCAGCCGGUCAGGCGCCAGCAGGCAGAGCAGCUCUGAGACCGAGCCGCGGCACGGCGAGCCCCGGCCCUGGAGCAGCACCGACAGCUCGGACAGUUCCAACCGGCUCGCCCCACGGCCCGCCAUCACCAAGGCCAGCAGCUUCAGCGGCAUCUCCCCCGGCCUGGUCCGAGGGGACAGCACGGCCAGCAGCAAGAGCACCGGGAGGCUUUCCAAAACAGGUUCCGAAUCGUGCAGUAGCGUCGGCUCUUCGUCCAGCUCGCUAUCCCGUCCCCAGCUGCCUCUACCGGUUUCCAACUCUGCCCGCUCCAACAUGCCCGGCGCGUCUUUAAUCCACCCGGCUGCCGACACGAGAGGCUCGGGACACCCGGAGAUGAUCAAGAGCAUCCCUUCGCAGCUGCCGCCAGCCACAGACUCAACAAACUAUUACGUGCUGUCGCUGGAAGCCUCAGGGAUACCACCUGGCAGCGUACUGGUCAACCCACACACAGGAAAGCCUUUCAUCCAUCCCGAUGGCAGCGCUGUAGUGUAUAACCCGGCCAGCAUUGCCCCCGCUGCUGGCAGGAGCCCAAAUCAGGGGAAAACCCCACAGCAGCCAAUCCCUGCCGCAGGCCAGCAACAGCCAACCAAUCAUCUCCACUCCCAGCCUGACACCCUGAACACCCAGUUCGGUCACAUGACUCUGGCACCGCAGCAGCAGCACAGCGACACCGGCGCUUCAGCCCAGGACGCCCGCCACUAUCCCAACAUAUACCACCACCACCACCACCCCUCCACCAUGCUACUGCAGGGAGCGCCUCCGCAGCAGCUGGCUGGCUAUAUGGUGGCAGGGCCAUCAGGAGGACACCCAGGGAUGCUGCCAGGUCAGCACGUCCCGCUCCCGACCCCGGGCCCAAACCACACGUAUCACAGCAGCACCCCAGGCCCCUCUGCUUUCCCCGGGUCCACACUGAACCAGCCGCUCCUCCAGCAGCACGCCUACAUCCAACAGCCUGUCCAGCAGAUGUCUACAUGUUACUGCUCUUCAGUCCACCACCCCCACUGCUCCAACCAGCAGCAGCAGCAGCAGCAACAGCAGCAGCAGCAGCAGCACUAUCGGUCCCAAGUCAACACGCUGCCCUAUAACUGCCCUCAGAGCCAAAACCUGCCCCAGCAACAAGUGCACCAAGCCGUGAUGCCAAACCCAGCGUCCAGCUACCAGACCGUAGUGGGCGUGCAGCCAACACCCAACCUCGCUCUCACUGGCAACCAGCAAAGCAAUAUGGGCAACCAGAUGCAAGGCAUGAUGGUCCAGUACCCUCCAAUGCAGUCAUAUCAGCAGGUUUCUGUGCCACAGCAGACGUACCAGCAGCCAGUGUUUGUGUCCUGCCAGCCAGGACAGGGGGCAGUGGCUGUCGCUGGCAUGCAGCCCUGCUACAGCCUCCUCCCCCCCAACCAGCACACCACCAUGAGUUCUACAGUGAGUUUUCUGCCCGCCCAGAUGAUGGAACAGCUCCAGUUUUCUCAGACGUCGUCCCCUUGCGUCUCCCAGCAGCACCCAGGCCAGCAGUACGCAGGGUUGUUACCCCCGGCCCCCGGCAGCGGCAUGGUGAUGCUGCAAAUGACGGCGCCCCCCUGCCAGCAGCCCCGGGCCCCCUCCCCCUGCCAGCGGAAACAGCCCAGCCACAAACACCCAGGCCCUGAGCACCAGCGAGGCCGCAGGCCCGUCGAGCUCCCCCCACCUCCAGACAACACCCAGAGCAGCCUGCCCUCGUCUCCGGCGCUCACUCCUUCGCCAGGCCGGCCGCCCAGCGUCAAGGGCCUCCCAUCAGGCAUCUCGCCCAUCCCUGUCAUGGCCCACCACCCACAGCUCCCUACAGCCUUCUGCCACAGUGGACAAGGUGAAGCGCACUACUCUCUACUGGGCCAGCCUCUGCAGUACAAACCCUCCAUCAGACCUCCACUGAUCCACACUGCACACAUGGUGGCCAAACACCAGGGUCCGCUGGGGGUUUGGCGUAGCGGUCAUGGGAGGAAGGCCAGCAGAAAAACUCUGUCUUCAGAUCUCAGUGUAGGUGAAGCAGUGAGCAGUCAGAUCCUGGAAGUGACAGGUCCUCCGGAGGGGAUCAGCUGUACAGACUCCCACCACCUCCUGGCAGAGCUCUGCAAAGGGGGCGAAUUGAUCCAGCGGCUGUCGGACCGUCAGCCCUGGUUGCGCAACACAACCAGAGACACUCCCAGCGGAAACCUGGCCUCAUCAUACUCUAUCUUUGCCAUGCUCCCCUCCAGAUACGCUGCCCAGAACACCGCGCUCCACCACAGAGGCCCCCACCACGCCACCUUUAAACUCCGAACUAGUACCAGACACAAAGGGGAGCUGUGUGACUCAGAGAAGGCCGGCUCAUAGCUGCUAAGUUCUUGGUGCGUUUUUUUUUUUUUUUUUUUUUUUAAGGAGCGCCACACGAAUGCACAUCCAACCACCUGCCUCUGCUGCCUCAGUCUGGACUGUCUCGGUUCAAAGCCCCAGACUCUGUCCAAACCGAAAACAGUAUCAAACGUUUGAAGAAUGAAUGUUCACUUGUAUUUUUAGUUCAUUUUUUUUAUCUUUUAUUUUUCUGGCCAACAGGUCUGUGCAGGGUGGAAACUGAACACCACCAGCCAGUUUGGUUUUCUUUGUAAAAAAAAAAAAAAAAAAUGCGUCCGUGGCUGCUGAGCUCAACUGGAGGCCCCCCCCCUCUCCCCUUCCCUCCUUCU